AUGCCCAAACCAAAAUAUUGCCAACAUCCGACGAGGCAUGCAACGUCUAAAUUAAUAGCAAAAGGUGGAAAAGCAGUGUCAUUUAAAUUAUCCACGUUUUUAUUGAGUCAAUAUGAUAUUCUGAACACUCGUGUUCGUUGGCUCUGUCCAAGAUGUCAUAUGUUGGAAUCAAAUGAAAUGAAAAUUCGUCAACCAAUGCAAAUCAACAACAAUCGAAGCUCUACUGAUGAUGAAUCUACGGCAGAAGAUAUUCCUUCUGAUGAAAACGAUGAUGAAGACGGUACCGAAGAAGUUUCGUACGACAAUGAAGAAGACGAGGACAACAGUUACUCGAAUGUCGAUAUGGAAACUGAGACGAACGACAACAAUGAAGAAACUGAUGAUGAAUCAAUGGAGGAAGGCUCAAAGGGAAAGGUUCAAGAUCGACACAAUGCAAAUCCACAUCAUCUGUUGAUCAGUGAAUCAAAUGAGCUUUUGGAUGGUCUGAAAAAUUUAUUCAAUGAAAGUGAUGACACCGAACAGGUUCGUUUGAUGACAAUUGCACCUAAACAAUGGGAUCGAAAAAAAGUUGAAAAAUGGUUUAAUUCAAAACAAAACCAAGCUCGUCGAUCAGUCAUUCUAAGAAAAAGUGAGGGGGUUCUAGCUUAUCCACAAUGUCUACGAGGAAAUUUAUCUUUAUCCGAUGAAACAUUUGACGUUGUGGUUCAAUUCUACUGCGAAGAUGGCAUAAGUCGAGUGUCAUCUAAUGCCAAAGAUACGAUCCUUAUCAAUAAACAACCAGUACCAGUUCGAUUCAUGGAAAUGACGGUUUUGGAUGCUUACCGAAUAUUCAAUGAGCGAUAUCCCGGCGAUAUUGCACAAUCGACUUUCUACUCACUUCGACCUCGAGAAGUCAAAAUAUCCUCACCGCAUGAAGCAUUUCAUCACAAGAAUGACUUUGGUUUGGAGGCAUGUUGGACAUUUACAGUGACUGGACACGGUAAAGGAGCAGGUGAUGGCAUCGGCGCUGCAUUGAAGUCUACCGCAAGACGUGCGUCACUUUCCAAGAGUAUUCUUUUGUCCACUGCGAAGGAUUUCUAUGAAUUUUGUCGCAACCAUCAACUGGAAACCGCCAAUAGAUCAAAUAAACAAAAUCCUGCUGUACACAUCUUCUACUUAGAUUCUGAAGAAGUCGAGCAAGUCAAAGAGGGUGUUAUGAAGGCAAGGAGUAAACAACUUCACUCUUCAGGUAAACGAAUCUAUCUUUUAUUAAAUACUCACUCUCUCUAUUUAGAGAAAAUCAAUGGAAUUCGAAAUAUACGCGAAUUCCAACCUCUGAAUAAUAACACACUUAAAUGUCGACCGACUUCGCGAUCAACACAGGUCACCACGUUUUCGUUCCAGUAGAGUUAUUUCUGAUGUAUCUUGCUUUUCGAAGUUCUCUUUCUGAAAGAAUACUCGCUGAUAGUCUUCAGCUCAAAAGUCAUAAGAAGAUUUUAUAAUCAGGGUGAAAAAUAUAUUUUGAGGUCAACACAAUCGAUAAAUA